AUUGAAUGGCUUUGAAAUCUGCUGCAUUAUUUGAAAAGAUGGAUCCAUUCAUCAAAAGUUAAGGUGCUGAAUUAGUUAAAAAAAUCAAUGCCGUAUAUUAUUUUGAAGUCUCUAAAGCAAAAGGAGAAACUCCAGAAGUUUGGACAGUUGAUCUUAAAAAUGGAACAGGAGUUAAUCUUAUUAGUUAAAUUCAAAGUCAAUCUCUAAAGGAAAGGUAGGAACAGCUGAUGCCACAUUUACCAUGGUAGAUGAUGAUAUGAUUG